GGCUAUCCAACACUGGAACUCUUCCAAGUCAAGGUAUCUUUUAGUUUUAUUAAUUUAUUGCCACUGGGGCCUGUGGUUGUAACUGCUAAACUGCUUGCUGACUGUACACUGUACUGCAUGACUAGCGGGUUUACUAACGAGUUAGUUCUAUUCACUAUGUUGACUAGCAUUAGCUAAUAUGGUGACAAUGUAGGGUGUGUGUAGCGGUUAGCGGUCAUGCUAAGGAGGUUUGGCUUGGAAAGUUUUUGCGGCUGGUCACAGAAAGCUGAUGUGUUGUGCACUGAAGUCCACAGGCGAAGGGAAAAGGUGAGAGGAGGAGAGCGCAUAGAUAGAUGCGAGCAAAGUGAUCAUGCUCUUUGUAUGUGGCUGCUAUGAAAGUGAACUCUGCGUCUGUUCAUGGGUGUAUUCAUUUCGCAGAUGCAGAUUCUGUUGAAAAACAUUUCUUGUACGGAAGCAAACAGUAAAAAACAUGCCUGUAUUUGUCCAAUAGAAAAUCUUGUUUGCAACUGUUGAACUAUUGAUUACACCCUAGAUCAGCUAGAUGCAGGAAAAAGUGUGCAAGGCGGUUUUGAAUGUGUCACUAUCUGUCACCUUGAUUACUCAAAAUUCUCUCAACCUGUGUCCCUACAUUGUAAACUUUCAUUCAUAGGCUAGAUUGUAGCAGCCUCAUGAUGGGUACAGGGAAAAUGUUAGUAUCAUGUAGUAGCCUACACCUAUCGAUGUUUCAUUGAGAUGGGUGAAUGGAAUAUGAAUGACAGUCAUCCAAUAUGCUGUUAUAGAAAUAAAAUAAAAAUGAUCAUCCUUCCUCAUCUUAAACGGCACCGAUCGCCACUGUCGUCUCCUGUGUACAUACCUAAUAUUGAGUACAUACCUGCAUCUCCUGAAUACAAACCAAGUAAUCUAACGUAUAGGUCUUCAUGUGCUGAUGAGAACUUUGAUGAUCUCGAAAUGGAGUCAGUCGGCAGUUGUGAGGGCCAGUCCAGGAUGUGGUGGACCUUCCUGAGGCGACAGGUGUGGUAGAGACGUCCAACGUUUGCCCUGAGACUCCUACCGGAGAUCAUUUUGGAAAGAGUGGAUUCCUGCUUUUUGGCCGACCCAUACAUUGUGUCAAGCUGGGUAAAGGACACAAAAGGGUAAUCAAUGGGGGUUAAUCAAUGGGGUUGAGUGUAGAAGUGGAUGAAAUGAAAAGGAAUAUUCCUAGUGUUUGUGACACCUGACAUUUGGUGAGACAGAGACCCGGUGGCAAUGGCGAGACUGAGAAAAGCAUGUCUGUCUUGUUGAGCUUUGACAGAGUUGCUACCUGAUAAGGUCAGGUUAGAUUAUAUUUGGUAUUCUGUGAGGGCCUAUGUUCUGAAUCCGCUCCACUACGGUGCUUUAGGUGCCAAGGAUUCAGACAUGUUGCAGCAGUGUGUAGAAGUGGGAUCCCACGAUGUGAGGAAAGUGCAGGAGGGCAUAGUCAGAGGGAGUGUACAUUUGGGAUACAGAAAGCACCGUGUGUCAACUGGGGUUUUCAGCUGGGGACCCAAAGUGCCUUGUGAGAGAGACAGGCUGAGAUUGCCAGAGUUUGUGUGGGGCAGAACGUUUCCUCUACGCUGAAGCAGUGAAGAGGGUAUCCCAAGGGUGAGAGAGUCGACUGGGAGCCUCCCAGUGAGUAGGCCUGAAGAGAGGAUGAGUUUUAGUAUGGUUGGACUUCUGAUCAACGUCACCGAUGGAGCGGAAAGUACAUGUGGCAGUUGCAGCAGCAGAGAAACAAGGAAAGGGUUCAACCUCAGAGAGGUGCAGGGGUCUGCCUUAAUCGACAUCCACGUCUUCGGCGCCCGGGGAACAGUGGGUGAACUGCCUUGCUCAGGGGCAGAACGACAGAUUGUUAACAUGUCAGCUUGGGGAUUUGAUCCAGCAACCUUUCGGUUACUGGCCCAGCACUCUAACCAUUAAGCUACCUGCGCCCCACGAAAAAAAUAAAACAGGUAAAACAUUGUGAGAGAUUUUUGUGCAGAAGAUCUACAGGAAGUUUUGAGGGAAGGGGUUCCAUCCUCCCAGGCAGAUGGCCUGUUGUAGGAUCGUUUAGGGCCAAAGUAGUGGGAUGGGGUGGUUGUUUUUUGGGGGAUAGUGUAUAGGUGUACAGAUACAUCUUUGGUGGUAGUGGGGGAACAGGAAGUUUCGGGCAGGCGCCUUAACAGUGUUGUCAAGACGAUAACUUUUGUGUCGGUUUCAAAUGUAUUACUACUGGUAUGUAAUAGCAUGUUUAAACGUUCUAAUAUCGAAAGAACAUGUCAUAACAUGCUAGGUAACAAAUAACUUAAAGUUUUAUCACGUUUGGUAAAGGUUUUAUGUGUUAUUUCUGUGUCAAGCAGAGUGAGUGAAGAACGUGAUCAAAUCUAUUUUUCAAGUCACAUAAACUAGAGACUGGGUUUGUCUGAGUGACUGUACAUCAUUUCGUAAAGGUAAUUUAAUAAAAAAUAAAAGUAUUUGAGAUUUCUGAGUUCGUUUGACAUAUUAGUUUUGUGUAAAAUUCACAAGCUGGUAAAAUGGUGGCGCCCACUCGAUCUGCUUCAACGGACUUCGGUGCAGGCAGUGCUCGUGCACCAGAGAGAGACAAAUUCACAGCUACACUACUGGUUUGAAGAUGAAUGUAAUGUUUAUCCGUUUUUCACGUGUAGCAAUAUUUAGACACAUUCAGUUAUUUCUAUCUAUAAUUGUUACUAUGGUGUGAACGGGAAAUACAAUAGUUUUUUUUGUGAUUGAAAUAAUACAGUGAAGACAAGGUUAUUGCAGAAAAUAGUUCAUUGUGCUGCUUAAAACAACAACUGCAACCUAAAUGGUUUUGGGUUUUUAAUGCUUUUUUUAAUGUUUAUGUAAAUGUUUAUGUAAAUGCAGGAAAUCUACUCUAGGUUAAGUGUAUUUACGUUGUGAUUUAGUGUGUAAUUUGUGUCUAAUGUUAAUUAAUUAAUGUUUUGUUGUCAAUGCUUAGCUACCUGAUCUAUUUAAAUUAGAUAAUUUAACAAGAAAAAAUAGAAUGUAAUUUUAGAGAAUAAAGAAAGUGCCAGAACUUUCAAGACAAUCAUUUUUUGUGUCCGUUUCUCUUUAUUACUUCAGGCCGACUCAGGUCAAGUCUGAGGCCUGUAACAUCAACAGUGAGGACAAACCCAGCCUGCCUCUCUUCUUCCACACUGAGUCCAAACCUACAGUCACUCGGUCCUGAUUGUGACAGUGGAGCCCAGUUUGCACUGCAGGAUCCAGAGAUGGCAUCAGUGAAGCUGGAAGACUGCAGUCAAACACUGGAGCUGAAUGUCAUCAUUAAAGAUGAAGAUGAGGAGAAGAUUGGGAAAUCUGUUUCACAUGGAGACCAUGUUGAGACAUUCUCUACAUCCAGAGAGCAACAGCAGGAAGAUCACAGAGCGAAGAGGUCUCACCACUGCCCACAUUGUGAGGAGAUUUUCCCAAUUCUAUCAAAGCUAAAAAUACACUUAAAAAUGCACACAGAAGAAAAUCUGUAUUCCUGCACUGACUGUGGGAAGAGUUUCACAACAUCAAGGGCUCUGACAGUUCAUCAGAGAGUACACACAGGAGAUAAGCCUUACUACUGCUCUGACUGUGGGGAGAGUUUCUCUCAACAGAGCAACUUAAAAAAACACCAACGUAUACAUACAGGAGAGAAGCCUUACUCUUGCUCGGCCUGUGGGAGGAGUUUCUCUCAGCAGAGCAACUUCAAAAAACACCAACGUAUACACACAGGAGAGAAGCCUUACUCCUGCUCUGACUGUGGAAAAGGCUUCACAACAUCAACUGAGCUAACAGUUCAUCAGAGAACCCACACAUGUGAGAAGCCUUACUUUUGCUCUGACUGUGGAAAGAGUUUCUCCCGAUUGGAUACCUUAAAAGUACAUGAACGUGUACAUACAGGAGAGAAGCCAUACUCCUGCUCUGACUGUGGAAAAUGCUUCACAACCUCAUCUGAGCUAACAGUUCAUCAGAGAACACACACAGGAGAGAAGCCUUACUUCUGCUCUGACUGUGGAAAAAGUUUCUCCCAAUUGGAGAAGUUAAAAUGUCACCAGCGAAUACAUACAGACCAAAAGUCUUACUUCUGCUCUGACUGUGGGAAGAGUUUCACCCGAUUGGAUACCUUAAAAUGUCACCAGCGUAUACAUACAGGAGAGAAGCCUUACUUCUGCUCUGAUUGUGGGAAUAGUUUCACCCGAUUGGAUACCUUAAAAUGUCACCAGCGUAUACAUGCAGGAGAGAAGCCUUUCUCCUGCUCUGAUUGUGGAAAUAGUUUUUCUGAUCAGAGCAGCUUAACAACACACCAAUGUAUACAUACAGGAGAGAAGCCUCAUCAGUUCUCUCAGACAAGCUAAGAUUAAAGUCACCAUCACUUCCUUCUCAUCUCAUAAAGGAAGUGGUAACAGUGAAUUUGAUAACAUUUAAGAAAGAGUAAAACUCUAUUGGGAUUCUAUUGUUUCUCACUGUAAGAGAACUGUGCAGAGGAAAGGGCAUGUUAUAGAAUGUUAGCUUUUUGUUAAUUUACUGAUCAGUGUGCACCUUGUCAGUCCUUUUAUUUUAUAAAUUUUUUAGCUUUUACUCUAAAGAUAUUGAGAGUACCUUGAAUUUGCCCUUAGGGUUGAAUGCCCUCUGAGGCUUCUCACAUUGUAACAAUGGAGUCUGAUGGUUGACUGGGUGGUACUGCUUCCCUCUGCAGUUUUCUGUGGGAAUGAGCUGGUAGACACAACAUGUAUCAGAUAGAGAUGAUGUGAUGAUCAGUUUUCACCAUUAGUUUGGGUGGAUAAUUUUUUUACUACUAAGUAACUUUUGUUUAAUGAUACACAUACUUUGAAACGACUACCAGUUUAUUAAAUUGUCUUACACUCAAUGACACUAAUAAAUCUAUUAUUUGGUUAACUGCAUUGAACUUGAUGUGCUAAUUAAAAAUAAAUAUUCUACAUGAAUUUGCUGGUCAAACUUUGGGUUAUCUAUACAGACAAUGCAAUGUUUUUGUUUACUUGAUGUUAUUCAAACUAAUAUAAAUGUUUAUGUAUCUACUCAAUACAUGUCACUACACCUCUACAUGCCAAUUAGCUAGCCCCCAGUAUGUUCUACAAUGCAUACAAAUACUGUUUUGCAGUAUAAAGGAAAUGUUUUCAUAUUUAAAUAAAAGUUAAAUAAAAUAACAUUUAUUUUGUCAAUG